GUUACUUGAUGCUUUCACUUCGUCUUGGCGCUGUCAUUCUGGCCUUCGCCAUUUGCGGCCGUGCGGCCUAUUGCUGCGUUGUCCACGUCAGCACCAGUCGAGGCAAUGAUUCCUUUUCUUUGUCUCACAAUCACCGGUGGAGCGGUUCGCACUGGCAAGGCCGCCUACGCUUGCGCGCAGCCAGCGACAGAAAGCGAGGACUCGGAUGGCCGUCAAAGUUGUUGUUAUACCUUGGAUCCCCGCGAUGACACCUAUCAUCUUAAGCGCGUUUUCUUCUGUCCUGACAGCAGGGACCUUGUGGUCCAUCAUGAUGCGGCGGCUGUGGUCUGUUGCUUUACGACCUCACAUCAAGUAGCAUCUUCUACUUCUUCACAACACGCAAGUGCAGCGUCAGCAUCCUCUUCUGAAGAUACAGUAUUAUUGGGUGGCGCUACUUCUGGAGGUGGUCAAGUUGCAGCAGUAAAUGCAGGAGUCGUGGCACCAGUGGAGGAGAUGGUCUCCACCGCGUCUUCUCCUCAGACAAGCACUUUGAAUGUGCAACGAGAAGGAGAAGGAGCUAAAAAGCUCCGUCUGCUUUCUGCAACUAGCCUGCGACAUUUCAUUCGUCACGGCGUUGAUAGUUGUCCACCGCAAGAGCCAGGACAGAUCUUUGCCGGCGAUACGGAGGAGUGUGCUGCUUGCUGUGAAGAGUUCAAUUUUCACCCCAUAAAAGUGUGCCUACCUCCUCGUCCUCGUAGGAUUGAUUCUGUAACAAAUAGAAGUACAACGAACAGGGCCUCCUGCAUAACGGCACUGGGUCAUUUAGCGCCGCCUUCAAUAUCUUCGUGUACAGGCGCACGUCCAGGGUCUUCGACAGCACCGAACCACCCCAAUGUAUCAUUCGAAACGCCUGCGAGAAACCGUAAAUGUUGUAAAGACCAAGAUAAGAACUUACGCCCAACCGGUAAGAUGACGAUGAGCAAAACUGAGUUAGCGAAAGCAGACGAAAAGUAUUUGCAAGAGCCGUAUGGUGUCGUGACUGCUGGGAGCGAGGUUGGACUUGAGCGCAUGGAGCUGCACGAUCCUCACUACGAUGAAGGUGAACGGCGCCAAGAAAGGGUCUUUGUACUGGUGGAACAAGGAGAAGCCUCCAGUUCCUCUUCCUCCUCGAGCAAUGCUUCGACAGGUGUUGGCGUGGGUUGCUGUGGUCGAGAGGCUUUGCUUUCACGGAGCCGGGGACGAGCGACGUCCCCGUUAUCGUCGUUUUCGUCCCCUGGGGGUAGCUCUUCUAUCAUGACAGCAGCUCCUUUGUGGUCUUCUGGUGCAUCACACGACGAGGAUAUAGGACACGUAGGAGCUCAUCGGGCUCCCAGUUCGCCGUCUGAUGUCGAGGAAGAGGAAGAUAGUGAAGAACAUUUUCUGCACGACCAGUCUGCAGCAGGGGAUCAUUUUCCUGCUCCGGAGCAACGCGGCCGAUCGGCCGUGUCAGAAAGUCAAGUGGAGCUUGUCGACCACAAAAUGAAGAAGAUUAUUAGGGGACUCAGUGACCAUUUCUUUUCUAUUCGAAGUCCGCUCGUGGCGACUCGGCGACCCUUCCUUCUGCAGUCGGAGGACCCUGCGGCCACGGGGAGAGUGCCGGGUGAAGUCAGGGGGCGGAUUCUGGGACAGACUGGGCGGCCAGCCAUUUACGGAAACGAGCAAGGACAUGCCUGUAUGCUGGAGCCCUGUCGCCACUUAGUUUGUAAAACGUGCGCAAUAAAGUACAUGCAAGCGUCUUGCGCAGAGGGCAAUCAUGUUAAAUUCGCAUGCAUGCAUUGCCGCAGUCAGCCCCAGGCUAUAAGGCCGUUAGUUCGCCUCGAUCUUCUCGAGAACAACGAACAACAGCACGACGAGAUGGAGGUCCUCCGCGAAGAUCAUAUUAUCCCGUUCUCUACUGCUGCAUCUACGACACGGACAGCGUCUUCCAGUUCGAGUCGGAGUCCUCCUGCUCCUAGUGAACGUGAGUCGUCUUCAUCCGUCGUCGUAGGGGACCGAAAGAAAAAUCAUCCCGCGGAUCAUUCUGGGACGGCGCAAAAGACGUCUUCCGGUUCAUCCAGCAAGACCGAGAGUGCUGCGACAAGAAGUGCAAUAUCUAGAAGAUCAAUGUCGAUGUACUCUUCCAUAAAUGAGGAGGGAGAUAAGUCGGGUACAAGUCCUCCUGCGGCCCUCAGGAUACCCACAGACACACGGUCUUCUGUUGCUGCAGAAGAACUGAUGUACCCUUCAAGAAUAGCAGUUGUCGGAGUGGACACGACAACACGAUCCCCGCAGACCAAUAAGUCAGAAUCCUCUACUAGAGUUGUAGAAGCGCAGAGGAAGACUGAGAUCGAAAAAAUCAAUAAACAUCAAGCAGCACGUCCACAUCAAGCGCACUCAGCGCAGCAAGCGGUGGUCACAGAUUUUGCUUCAUCUACCAAGUUUGGGAGCAGUAGAGCCUCUUCUUCGAUAGAUGGAAGCAAUGAGAGGACAACAAGUCCUGCUUCUAUGAUAACAUCAGAAGCAAAUGCGAAUGUGAUGCCACCUCCAGCAACCAGAACCAGUACAUCGAGUUCGAUUGAUAGUCCACCGGCGAACUUUCAUGAUGAUCGUAGUACAAUGGGAGCUUUUGCUAGUACCGCUAUCGGCAUGUCGCAAGUCGUUCUGCCUUGUGGACGGAGUAUGUCUGCUGACUCUGGAUCAACGUACUUCGGAGCGCGUUCAGUGGACACGACAUCGCAGGACGAUGAUGAAGUACCGCCCUACACUAUCGAUUUAGCUGCACCUCAUGUCUUACCGAGAAGCCAUGCUACGAGCAGAAGGGAUCGCGACUUCGGCCACACGUUAGUUACGCCCUUGCUGACUGCGCACCGAGCAGGAAUCGGAGAGAAGCGAGCUCAAAGCGACAAAUUCAAGAAAGACCUUUUGUGGACUAAUAUUUCACGGAAGUAAUUGUUUCUCAUACCUGUUAAUUACGUUUCUAUGUUUGAUGAAAUUGAAAUAUCUUCUAAACGUGAUUCUUCGCAUUUUUUCUCGCUGCUCUUACGUGGUGCAUAGCAGUGAUUUAUCAUACACAUGCGAGAUCGCGAUCGGGAUCGCAGACAUUUUGGACACCGCAUACAUACGGAAUAUUCAUAUUGUUUAAUAAAUGUGAUUACCAUCAUGAAGCAAGCAAGAAUCGGUAGUUGAUUUUUGUCAUUUUGUAAAGCGUACGUGAGCGAAACGAGACGAAAGUUGAAGCUUGACCAUCGAAAAAUACAGUUAUAUGGCCUGUCAAAUCUUCAAAAAUUCAAGAGUCUAAUGAACUCGCGCUCACUAACAAUGUCCGAAAAAUGAUGAUGAACCAGAAUCACUUCCUCCACCAAUUUUCUACUUUUAUGUCGUGGUCAGCGUCUUUUUUUAUGUCGCAUCUACAUGAAUGAUGAAUGAAGCAAGCAGGGCUAGAAAGCUUGAUACAACAGGCCGAGUUGAGAUGUAACACCAAUGUGGUGUAGUUGAAGCAUUGCUAGUUUUGUUGACUUUGCUUGACGUACGAAAACGAAAUUAGGAAGCAUGUCGCGCAAGCAUGUUGUGGUAGUUGCGAAAGAGUCUAGAACUACGAGUUUGUUUGGAACAUUUUUGUCUCUGCAGAACAAUAUGAAAAUGAAGAUGGGCAAUAAACCAAUUGGAC